UCACUGGAAACAGAACGCAAAUUCUUUUCUACGAGAUUAAUAAGAAGGCAGAGAGGCUCAUUGUUUCAUUGAACUCGACGUUGACGAGCUGUUUAUCAGACCUGUUAAGGAGUAAGACAUAAUGUUUACAUUUUUGUAAAUGCAAGAGUUUUACAAGCUUUGCGGCUUCUGGAGCUGAAGCCAACGUAGCUGGAGCUAACGAUGUCCAAAAGUGUGAAGUUGAGGAGCCGAGUAGGGAAGCCUUCGAAGGCACAACUGUCCACAAAGGAUACUCUGGAGGACGAGACCUCCAACCUGAAGGACCAAGUCAAGACACUGCAAGGCUCUUUGGAGAAGUUGGAGGGACAAGUCCACAAGACUCGCCGCAUGUUUAAAAAGAAAUUGAAGUCCUUUAUGGCUGAAGAUAAGAAGAUAGUUAAGAUUGUUGUAGCGUCCACCGCUCAGCAGGAGUAUGAAAACUCCAUCAUGAAGACUCGAUUAAAAACACUGCAAGGGUCAGUGGAGAAGUUGGAGGGACUCCAUAAGACUGACCUCAUAGAAGAAAAGAAAUUGAAGGAGCAGGAGCAAAAGCUGCAGAAAUCCCUAAUCCUUUGUUACGACUACAAAGAGACUAAGGAUACUCUGGAGCAGGAGAACUCCGACCUGAAGGACGAAGUGAAAACACUGCAAGCGUCAGUGGAGACGUUGGAGGGACAACUCCAUGAGACCCACCUCAUGCAUGAAAGGAAAUUGAAGUCUUCUCUGGCUGAAUCUGAGGAGAGAAUUAAGAUUGCUCUGGAGUCCAACGCUCAGCUGGAGCACAAGAACUCCAUCCUGAUGGAGCAGCUAAAAACACUGCAGGGCCCAGAGGAGAAGUUGGAGAGACGACUCUGUGAGACUCAUGAGACACGUGCCAAGUUAUUGAAGGAUACUCUGGAGCAAGACAACUCCGACCUGAAGGACGAAGUAAAAACACUGCACUGCUCACUGGACAAGUUGGAGGAAGAACUCCGUGACACUAACCGCAUGCUUGAAAAGAAAUUGAAGGAGCUCCAGAAAUCCCAAGUCCUUUGGUACCAAUCCGAAGAGACUAAGGAUACUCUGGAGGACGAGAACUCUGACCUGAAGGACGAAGUGAAAACACCGCAAGCGUCAGUGGAGACGUUGGAGGGACAAGUCCAUGAGAGCCAAAAGUUUAAUGAAGAGAUACUGAACGAGCGGGAUCCAGAGCAGCAGAAAUACAUUACCCUUCUGUCCAAGUAUGAAGCCAUUAAGAGUGAAGCUCAGGAGAAUACUCUGAAUGCCAUUGCCGAGAUAGAGAAUAAGAAGUUCGCCCUGAUGAAACAACUGGGAAUUCUGCGGUACUCACUAGAGGACUGUGCUACGUUGCUUUAAAUCACACAGGACGCCCAAAGAAGUGGAAAAAAUCAGAUCGCCAACCAGAAAUUCUGUACAUCGUUUAUCAUGAUGAACAUAAAAAAUAAGAAAUGAAAGCUGAAUGAAAUAAAAAGAUGAUUGUACAAAAAAUUUCAAAAAUGUUCCGUU